AUGGGGCGCCUUCCCGGGGCGGCGGCCGCGGCCACGGCCACGCACACGGCCCCGCUGGGCUGCCUGCGCCGCCUCGAAAAAAACUUCGCGGAGAGAAACUUGAAACGCGGAACCUUCCCUGCCCCGGCACCCGCGGAGAAACAGAGACUCCCUGUUCCCGUCCCGGCUCCUCCCUCCCUUUCUCGCUGCCCGCCCGCCUCCACGCACCCGGCUCUCCCUCCAGUGGCAGCCCGACGCCCGGCCGGUGCGGGGACUCGGCUCGGCCCCGGCCGCGGGCUGUCAGCGGCCAACGGGGGCAGGGCCGCUCUUCUCGGCUGGAAUUUUCCUCUCCCCGAGCAAAGCGUCUCGGCGGCCGCCUCGCGCUCGGUCCUUCCCCAUUCCAGCCACCAGGGCGCAGGGCGAAAUCCCUACAGGUGGGGAGAGCCGGCCGAGAAGCCCGGGGGCAGGGGCGGCGGUCAGCCCCCGCGGUGGGAUCCAGCGCCCGCAGGAGAACUGUUCCGCUCGGUGAUCAAAGCUAGGCCGCCCUGCGCCCGUCGUCGAGCCCGCCGGGGACUUGUGCCGCGUGUGUGCGUUGAAGUUUCCGUGCAGUUGUCCCCCGCACCCCUAGGAUCGCCCCCCACACCUCAUCCCUGGCCGCCGGCUGGCGGCCUCGGCCUCGGCCCCGGGGGUUGUGGGGGGGCGGGCAGCGGCCCCGCGGCCGCCGAGCCGGCUGGAGCGGGUGAAGCAGAGCGUGACCUACCUAUGUCACGGGAAACUAACUACCGAUGUUAAGAAUGGUUUCAGCUAGAUCUUCAGUUUGCUCUCUGAGCGUGACGGCACUUCAGUCUUGUCUGUGCCACAAGCUGCUCCUCUGCAGUACCUAAUGAGCAGAUCAGGCAGUACGCGCUACUUGCCCGCCUCAGCACAGAGCACCUUUCCAGCCGUGCCGUGGGAUCAGGAGACGGUCUUGCACGGUAAAAUACAACUCUUUAUGCAGACAGAACCCUGCUGCAUAACCCGUUUUAAGUAAUUCAAGAUGCACCUUAGAGAAUCCUUGGCCCAAGGGCAAAAAUUUUGAAACAUUUAAAGUGAAUGAAAAAGACCAGGGAAAUAAAGCUGUACGGUGGCUCAGGAGAUAGACUCCUGUGAGGGCAAAAGGAAAUGUUUUAAAACGUAUAUUGUGAUUAUCAAUGGUAAAAGUAAACAUGACAUUUUUCAGCAUAAAAUAUGAAGACUGAGAUGACAGGAGAAGAACCAAGAGGUAAAAAUGCCCAGCAAGGCCAGACUACAUGGUUAAGGAACAUGAAGGUACAGGAACAGAUUCAUGGCACAAGUAAAAAUAAUGUUCUUGGGCUGGACAGAAGUUUAACCUUGCAUACUGAGGCUUUAAUCCCCAAGUCACUCUGUCCUCUCUAGAUCACAGUGACUAUUAGGCUAGACUGUAUAACUAUCUGUCACCAUUUCUAGCAAAUAACCUAUUCCUUUUUUUUUUUUUUUUACUUUUUCAAGCCACCUUUUUUCUACUUCACAUGCCACUGAUGAAAAAAAUGCAGAGUGCAUAAAGAAGAGUGCAGUAUGAAUUUUGCCACGAUUUCAUCCUUAGUCAAGAAUGAGAGAGUUUAAUGCUGGCAGUCUUCAAGGUCUGCGCUCCGAUGACUUUGAUCAACUGAGUCAGGAAAUCAGAUUUGUUAUCUUAAUGUAUGAAAAGAAUAGAAGCAAAGUGAUGCAACUUCAUCAAGCAGUUACCAUUCCUAUGUAAACCUGAAAGGUAGUGAAUGUGAAUCUGAAUUUAGGUCUUUCAAACUGAAAUGGCAGAGACAACUAAAUUUCUAAUUAUCUGGGCUACUGCAAUUUUUGGUUGGAAUUAAUGAAUAUAAAAUUAAAUUAUUUUUGCUGGUGUUUUUCAAUAAAAUAACAGAUAUUUAAUCCUUCUUAUGAUAAGAAUUAUAUCUGUGUCAUGGUUUAACCCCAGCCAGCAACUAAGCACCACGCAGCC